CACGCCUCUGCCAACCCUUGCCCUAUGCGUGACUUCGUGCAGACGAAAACACCGAAUCCUGUGGAGCUCACCGAUCAUCGUUGAGACCUGCACCGCCAACAUGCUAUUGAUAUCCUGAUCUUGAAGAACAUGAUGCGGCUGUGGCCACGUACACUGAUCCGACGAGCACGGUGUAGCUCACAUUGGGUGCCACGAGCAAGUCUACGAUGCAUCGUUCUUUUCCCCGAUAAACACCAGAACAAGCGGCUAGUUGCCAGCGACGACGAUGGAUACGAAAUGGAUCGAAAUUGAAUGUCAGGGUGAUUCACACGCAGUCACCUUUGCGGACGAAAGUCAGGUCGUAGGAGGAUGUGACAACGGUGAUAUUCGUCGAUGGAAGAUUGAAGACGGACAUGCACAGCAACAAGGGCCAACCAUGAAAGGGAGUGGCCUUGUUGGAUCUGUUGUCGUUUCCCGGGAUGGCCGGUGGAUGGUGUCCGGAGACCGUGGAAACAUGGCGAUCGUCUGGAAUAUGGUCACUAAUGAAAAAGUGCGCGAGCUUGAUCACGGCCGCUGGGUACCGGGGGUCGAUAUCUCGAGCGACUGUACUAAACUUGUAUCUGUGGAUGACUGCAACGCCCGGGUCUUCAACAUUACUUCUGGUAUCCGACUCCUUCCUCCCCUUCGAUAUGAUUGGGUUACUGGUGUCAAGUUCUCCGCAGACGGCAGUCGAUUUGCUACCUCCUCAGAGACUCGGGGUGUCCGUGUCUACAGCACCCACAAUGGCAAUAUCUUGUUCGAUUCAGGUCAAUACGGUUCGACCGGCUCAUGGUCGAAAACUCCGUUGGCCUGGUCGUCUGAUGGCCAACAGUUAUUUCUCUCGCCCAGAGGCAAACUCAUCUGUUUCGACCUUUCCAAGCUUUCGUCUUCAGAGUGGUCGAUCCAUGAAAACCAAUCUCCGGCACAUAUAGCAUCCAAUGGCAGAUUCAUUGCAUGUGCUGCAGGUCCAUCAGUUUCGCUAUGGGAUUGCGUGUCCCACAAGCGUAUCAGUAGCAUCAUCGUACACACCUCACAGAUUAACUGCAUUGCUCUCUCACCAAGCGGACGGUAUCUCGCAUGUGGAAAUGGCAGGAAUAUUACAAUUCACAGUCUUAGAAGUGUCCUCCCCGCUAAGUAUUUCGACCGUGGUCUUCCGCUCGUAGAAGUGAGCAACGAGAUCUUCGAGUCGUGGACACAGGACGACCCGGCAAAAACAGAAGUGCUACUGUCGAAGGAGAUCACGAAUGCGUCAAGUCCUAGGUACCACGUGCUAGCAAACCGCGCUCUUAUAAGAGCACGUUUGAAACAUUUGGCACCUGCGAUAGAGGAUGCCAAGGAGUCCCUCCAGGUUCAGCCAUCGCCUAUUGGCUAUAUUGCGAUGGCAGUCACUCUACUUACCCAGGGCGAUCGGGAGGGUGCACUAUGGGCAUCCGACUUUGCCUUUCAUGAUUGUCGCCCAUACGACAUCGGAUUUCUCUUACUACUGAAGUCGAUCCUUCUGUUCGAAUCUGGGAAUCGGGAAGGGGCAAUAGAUCGUAUGGAACACCUUGCUACGAGAGCAAACAAUGACAAUGAUGACGAUAAAACCUACCUUUACACCCAGGUCCUUGCAGUUAUGUACAUGAAGAAGAGGGAUUACAGACAUGCGAUACGAUUGAUCGAGCGUGCGAAGGACCUAGCCCCCAAGGACAAGCAAUGCCCUCCGCUAGUGACGAUCUCACUUAUAUUUGGGUGGAGUUUCAAUGGGCUGGACGUCGCUUCCCAGCAAUUUCUGUGCGAAACCCUUUUCACUGAAGACCGUGCAGCCGAAGCUGUGGAGAUUUUCCUCAACAUCAUCAGGUCAUCGGACGAGGAGGUCCUGAGGAGCAAUGUGAAUGCGGACUGGAUCGCAAAUUUCACCAAAAAAUGCGCUGCCACACUUGAGCAUCUUGGCGACGAAGCCUGUGGAUCCGGAAAACAUGAUGAUGCAAUAACACAGUGGUCUGCUGCAUUUCCCAACAGUCGUCCAAGUGCUGCAGGUCCGUUUAUCAAGUGGAGUAGAGCUCGAGCAGCAGAAGGUUUGUGGGAGGAUGCACUACAAGAUGCGAAAAACGUAUGCAUGGUGCGCUUCUUGUAUGAGUCGUUCCUUACAGCUGCUGUACAGGCGGUGAAAGCGGAUCCCUCCAACCCUUGGGGCCAUGAGGUGAAGCACUUGGCGCUCCAUGGAGCGAAGCGGUAUGACGAAGCGAUCGAUGCUUUCAAGUCUAUGUUGCAAGCGAUUGAGCAGUCCCAUGACCCUGCAAUCAGGCAACUGCGCAAGAACUACGUUUCUCCAUCCGAGACAAUUGCAGCUAUUGAUCCUAUCAUCCGCGAGACCCUUAAAAAUUAUCCCCUGGUCGUAAUCGAUGUCAACACUGGUUGCCUUUGCGACAGUGCUGAGCGGAUGCAUAUCUUCAAGGCCGACCUAUCAUUCAAAGAGCUCGUUUCAUCUAUGACGAUAGAAAUGGACGAGAAGCGUAUCCUACAAGUGGUUGCAAGAUUUUUCAAAUAUGUGAUGUUCUCGCACGCGUGGCAGGGGAACGAGCCGUUAUUCCAGGACGUCAAGCAAGUUGAAUCCAAAUCCGUGUGGAAACUCCCUGGCACGCCCUUGAACGAGAAGUUGCGCAAUUUCUGCAAGGAGACGCGCAGACUUGGUUACAACUGGGCAUGGUCGGAUACAUGUUGUAUCGACAAGUCCACGAGUUCCAUCCUUAGUCAAUCUCUUACAUCCAUGUACAAAUGGUAUGCGAAUUCGGCAGCCACACUCGUAUACCUUGCCGGUGUAACGCAUCCGUCCAAGCCCAGGGACCUCACGCGUAGUUUGUGGAUGACGCGAGCAUGGACUUUACAAGAGCUUCUCGCACCGGAAGUCAUCUUUUUCUAUGAUGCCGAGUGGAAGUUAUACCUUGGCGAUACCAGUGCAAACCACAAGCAGUCUCCGGAGAUCAUGCAAGAGCUGGCAAACGCCAUCAAGGUUCCACGUGGAACUAUCGUCACGUUCUCUCCAGAUGACCUCGGGGUGCGCGAGAAACUUCGUCUCGCUUCGACACGCAAUGCGACAGUUGAGGAAGACGUCGCGUACUCUCUUAUUGGCAUAUUCAAGUCCGACAUCAAGCCCUACUACGGCGAAGGAACCGACGCCCUCGGACACCUUCUGGAGGAGAUCGUGGCCCGCUCUGGGGAGGUCAGUGUACUUGCGUGGUCAGGAAAGUCGUCAUCAUACAACACUUGUCUCCCGGCUUCCCUUGCCGUUUACAGCCAAACUCCUUACAGCCCUCCAUCUCUCGAAGGGGAUGAAAUCCAAAGGUGCAUCAAAGAAUUACGUGAAAAGUUGCCCCGGUAUGAAGCACGGACUAUAUAUAAUAAGAUCAAUGAUCUUUCCCCCGCCCGUUUUGCAACCCGACGUCUACAUCUUCCAUGCAUCGUCUUCUCUGUGAGAAGUCUCGAAAACCCACGUGGUGACAACAAGAAGCUUUAUCGUGCCAGGGUAUCAGGACUUGGAAAUGUAGAGUUCAUGACCGCGGAUGAUCUCCCACUGCACGAGCCAAAGAAACUCAUCUUCGCGAAUCCCUGGAUUAAUUAUAUCCGAGGUCCGAGUAGUGGGGUUACUUGGGAUGACUCGGACUCUGACAGUGACACUGGCUCGGAUGAAGUUGUGCCGAUACCGGUUGUCCCUGCGCUUCAGGUUGACAACUAUACCCGGGCACUACAUGUGAUUGCUCGCCUUGGACAGCCCUUUAACGCAUUGCUUCUCGUACAGCAGUCGAAUGGAACGGUAUACAAGAGGGUCGCUGCAGAGAACGAGAUUGUCGUUUCGGGACUCGGAACCAACAUCGCCUCCAAGAACGUUCGAGCGAGAGUGUUGGAAAUCCUUUGACGUGUAUGUGCGGAGUUCGGGCUCAACUGACGGUUGCUAAAGCUAGUUCGUCUUUCUUCCUUCAUCGGUCGUUUUUUCUGUUCGUAUUUUUUCGUGUUGUCCUCGUUGGAUUACUUGUUACAUGGAGACGGAACCUCAAGAGACCUGAGGCUGAGUUGGAG